AUGGAAGAGAAAAAAACGCUGUGUGACUGCUUUGAAGUGGAGAACCUUACCAGUUCCAGGGAGGAGACGAUGGAAGGUGAUUUGAAGACAUUUUGGACUCAAUUGGGAGGUAGAAGAGUGGACGUCAUAUUUGAGCAGGUGCAAAAUGUGCUGCUGUUGCUGAAGCAAAAGAUCAAGAAUGGAACUGCCACAAACCAAGAAUACUGGCAGGCUUGGACACUGGUGAAUGAAGCUAAUUUAGGUGAUCUCUUGACAAAUGUAAGUGAUGUGUUUGAUGGAGACGGCAUACAGGAAACCAAGCCCAAAUUGCAGCACCUGCUUACAGAUGACAACACUGCAGAGUCUGUAGAAGCUUCUCACAGCAAAAAGGAGGAAAUGGAAAAAACAGGUUCAGGGAUUAAAGAAGCAUCUCGUAAAAUUCAAGAAUUACCUUUAAACCUGCAGUAUCAGAACCACAAGUGCUCUAGUGCUUGUCUUGCCAACAGAGCAGCAGACUCCUUCAAGGGUGAAAAUCCUCUUAAGAUACCAAUCCUGUUUCACUUUGAAAGACGCCAUGCAAAAGCAGACUGCCUUUCGAAAUCACUGGAUGUGAACUAUAAAGCUCCUUGUGGUCGAAGUUUGAGAAGCUUUCAAGAUGUGCAAAAUUAUUUGUUUGAAACAGAAUGCAAUUUCUUAUUUGUUGAUCACUUCUCUUUCAACACAUAUGUACUGUUGGGCAGGAACACCGUAAAUCCCGAACCCCUUGUAUUUGAUUUUGAUAUUAGCAAUGGAGCCGAGUCUGUUCCCAUUUCCUUCUGUAAUGAUCUUGACCGCGCAAGAUUACCUUAUUUCAAAUACCGGAGGGCAUCAUGGCCGCGUGGCUAUUAUCUCAACAAUUUCUCCAGCACGUUUGUUGAUUCAUGUGACUGUACAGAUGGCUGCAUUGAUAGGUCAAAAUGCGCAUGCCUACAGCUAACUGCGAGAGGCUGUAGUAAAAUUUCUCUGUCUCCAAGUAGUAAAACAUGCCAUGGAUACAGUUACAAAAGACUGGAGGGACCUGUUCCUAGUGGAAUUUAUGAGUGCAGUGUGUUGUGCAGGUGUGAUAAGAUGAUGUGUCAAAACAGAGUUGUACAGCAUGGCAUUCAAGUCAGGUUGCAAGUGUUCAACACGGAGAAGAAAGGCUGGGGUGUCCGCUGCCUAGAUGAUAUCGACAAGGGGACAUUUGUUUGUACUUACUCAGGCAGAUUAAUGAGCAGAGCUGAAGCUCGAGUAUUGGGGGAUGCUGGUCAAAAACUGAAAGAGAAGAGUCCUGUGAAUGACAGAGGCCAUGGCUUUUUUUUCAAAAAAAGAAAAUUUGACACUGAUUGUUUAGACUCUGUGACUGAACUAGUGCAGGCUGGCAAAAAUGACAUUCUUGAGAAGCGGGAAUCUUUGCCUCAGGCUGUGGAUAAUGAAAAUAAAUCAACCCUAGUUCAUCCAAAGAAUUUAAGUAUUGCAACGGCGAAAAGUCCUAGAACCAGAAUAGCUGUUUUUCAUAAUGACCAGCUGAAAAUGGAAAUUGAUACACUGGUGCACAGUGCCAGCUCAGAUGAAGAUAAUAGUUCUCAGAUUCAUCAGUCAAGCAAAACAAAACUAACCAGUGGAACAAAGAAAAGAAAAGAAAAAUCCACUCAGCAGCAGAAGGAAGAACAUCCGAUGGAAGUGGGACAGACUGAGUCUGCUGAUGUGGACAGUGCAGAAUGCAAAAGAAAGACUCCGUCUCUGCAAGGUGUUGAUUGUGGCAGCUCAGGUGUGCUGGAUGACAGGUGUGUCGUGACACCAUCCAAAAAUGUAGCACUAAAAGCUGACUGCAAAGAGGAGAAUCACAGGAAGUCAAAACGAGGCACAUCUUGUGAGGAUGCUGAUGGUGACAGGAUGCUUCUGAAGAAUGCUAAUGAAGAAAAUACUUAUGUACUGGAUGCCACCAAAGAAGGAAAUGUGGGUCGUUUUCUUAACCACAGCUGCUGCCCAAAUCUCUUUGCACAGAGCGUGUUUGUAGAGACUCACAACAGAAGUUUCCCAUGGGUGGCAUUCUUCACAAACAGGCAUGUGAAAGCUGGAACCGAACUCACGUGGGAUUAUGGUUAUGAAGCUGGAAGCAUGCCAGAGGCAGAGAUUUCCUGUCAGUGUGGAGUUCAGAAGUGCAGGAAAAAAACCUUAUAG